AUGAAUCAGGCCUCAUCGACGGCGUCGCAAUUCUUUUUGAUUUUUGCUUGUGCAACCUGCUUAACUUUUGGCCUUGGUGGGACGGCUUUCAUGCUUCUUUACCUGAAGCCCUGCAGUCAUGAAUGGAGCAAGCCCAAUCAUGAGUGGAUGUAUUGUUGGGCCUUUACCCUUGCAUUUUGGCCAUUCUCCACGGCAGCGCUUGCCGCGGUGGCUCUUAGCAUUACGAGUUUUGGUGCCAGCCAUCGGUUGCCCAGCAUCGGAUUUGUCGUUCUCCUCACUGUGAUAGCCUUUGGGCUCGCGGCCUACGAGACACUUUGGUUUGUGAGAGGCGAACCGCUGUCCCUAGUCUACAAGUUCGGGAGCCUCUUCAUGGCCGCCUGCGCCAUCCUGGUUCCCUUACUCGAAGCGCUGAGUUCCAGAUUCCGGCCGCAACAUCUGCUCAUGAUCUUGAGCGGCUUGAUGUAUGUGAUCGGAGGCAUUGUGGAGCUUGAAGUCCCCAUAGAUGGAGCGUACAAUGAGUCUUUCCUGUACCACAUCCUGGUCUGCCUUUCAGUGAUGUUCGCCUAUUGCGCCUGCCAGACGCGGCGGUCACUGUCGCACAUCCAAGAGGGCGACAGAAAGCUGCAGGAAAGGGAAAGGAGUCCACUGGUAGAGGAGAGCGCGAAGGCGCGAAUGUCGGACCCGCAUGGCUAA